GGUUGUCAUCGCUACCUGCAGUACAAAAAAACACGUAUUAAAGUAUAAAACACGUUUGUUAUCGAACAUUGUAACGUUGCAUAUAAAUUGAAUGCAUUACAGCUCCAGAAUAAUAUCAGACACAACACUUUUUAUUAUUAUACCAGUGCUUGUGCUAAACAGGGAAGCCACGAUACAGAGCAGGAGCAGUAUUAGUUGUUAAUGUUGGGUCUGGGUGGCCAUUUAAUUAUAGUGGACGUCAAUAAUGCAAUUAUUAAUCUGCCGCUCUUUACCCGAUACAAACACACAAGACCCUUACCACUGCUAUGACAACGCCAGCUUUCUGAACUGUAAAAGAUGGCGGCUACUGGUGAGGAAGCUAGUAACAGCGCUGCAGACACUAUAGUCACCGAGUAUGCCACGUAUGAGGAUUACCUGGACUCUCAAAUAACACCAACUGAUCUGUUCUACCUGGAGGAUGAGGAACUGGCACGUCAGCUAGUGGAGCUAGGAUAUCGUGGAUCAGGGGAAGUGCUCAAGAGAGAAGACUUUGAGCUCAGGAAAGAAGCGGCUGCAGCCAGUAAGCUAGCACGUCGAGACCAGCUGAGAGUGUUGUGCAGUGCUGGGAAGGACCUGCAAGGAUCAGUGUUCCUGGAGGGGCUGGCUCAGAGGGAAGAGACUAACAGAAACGGGAAAAUUUCAUCAAUUAUAUUUAUUUGGGACAGGAAUGCCAAGGGUCAGGAGAUAUCAGGAUACAUUGACUACGCACAUCGACUCAAGGUGGAUGAUUUUGACCCCAUAUUCUCGUCACGGAAGAAGCUGCUCCCUAGACACAGUGACUUGAGCUUCUAUAACUGGGACACUAACUUCUCCUCGUCCAACUCCACUCCUAAUUAUCAGGUGAUUGCAGACAACGCCUCAGGUCUGCUGUUUAAGAAUAAACGAGACAGAAAGAUUAUUAACGUUGACCCAAAGGUACAGGCUGUGUGGGGUGUGUGUGUGUGGGGUGUGUGUAUGUGUGUGUGGGUGUGUGUGUGGGUGUGCUGUGUGUGUGGGGGGGGAAAUAAUUACAAAUUAAGGUACAGCUAUAGCGUGCAGUAGAACUAAUAAGUGAAUUGAGGCCUCAGAUUCAAAGCUGACAGUGAAGAUUAGAAUGAACUUUGUACAGCACGUUUGCUAACACUCCCUCUAAUGGAAGCAUCCAAAACAGCAAAACUUGUAUUUGUUGUAUUUGACGCUGUUUGUAUGCUAACUGUGCUCUCUUGUUAUAAACUGUUGACAUAGCAUUGGGCUUUUGAGAUUAUAUUGAGCAAACUGUCUCAAAAUUUGUGAAUAGAAUUUUUAGGGAGUUAGAAAAGCAUUAUUACAGUACACUGUGCCUCCUCCCUACUUCCCACACUAUAAUAGUUAAUCAAUUUUUCACACA